CAGACACUUGCGAUUGAACAAACGAGAGAAAAAUAAAUAAAAAAUUCAACAUUCUUCAACUUCAACUGAAAUAAAUCAUAAUCUUAUAAAAUGGAAAACUUUGUAUCACUGCUCUAAUAGUUUUAAUACUGGCGACUAUGACACUCUCAAGACAGGUUCCAGUUGCUGGGCUUCAGGAGCUUCAGGCAGCCCCUGCAGGUCCAGGCGGUGCAAAACAACACUGUAGCUGCUGCAAAGGACAUUCCACUUGUUCUGGUGACAACUGUAAAUGUGGAGGAUUGUUUGGGUGUCGAUGCAGAAGCUGGUCAAGUGCACGCUCAAUGGAGAAAUCAGAUUCAUUGGAUAAAGAAGACUUGGCUUUAAUGGAAAAGGUGGAAUCUGCUCUGUUGGAAAAAGCAGAAUUUCCUCAAGAAACCACAAUAGAAACCACAACAGUAGAAGAAAUAUGAAACAAAGACUUGACAGAAGCAGCAUGUUAAUGUGAUGCACAUUACUAAGGAUCAUCAAACUGGGAAAAAAAAACGGCUUAUAUGUGAUGAUUUAACUUUGAAACCUUGAAAUAAACUGUACAUGUAUGUCAUAAUUGAAUAAAUUUAUAUUCCAAAAA